AUGUCCUUCAACAACUUCGUCAAGUCGCAAGGCCAAGGCAAGACCCACUGGCGUUCGGAACAGCCAAUGUUGCCUCUCCGAUCCCAAGCCUACCUCAAGGGUGCGUCACUGAAUCACCUACUUCUGAACGAGAAGGACGGAACUGUAGCCGUGUAUCAUUACACAAGUGUACUCAAAGAGAACCUGAGGGGAAACCAAGGCCUCCACACUGAAGAUAAUGAAACACAAUCGUCUGAGCUUUUUUGCAGCCUGCCCCGGUCACUGGCCCUCGAAACUCUGAAUACGUUGCGCUAUGUGUUGUUUCCCGUUAAUCCGGAAUCUCGAUCUAUUCUCCGGACCCUAGUGUCGAGAGACGGGUUCGACGCAGACAACUGCCGCUUGGAAUCUUCGCAACCUCCUGAAGGUGAUACUAUCAAGUAUGAGUACUGGGGCACCCAGCUAAUGAGCUUGUACGAUGAGAUUGAGAAUCCAACUCCACGAGGAUACCUCGAGAUGUGGAUGGAACGCAAAAGUGGUGCAAGAUAUGUCAUGAUGGCUACAGUAACUGGAGUGUUCAUAGCCGUACUGCUUGGGGCUGCUGGCCUUGCGGUGAGCAUAUUCCAGGCUUGGGUGGGAUGGCAGCAAUGGCAGCACCCGAUAAAGUAG